AGCAUAGGUCUGAUAGUUGGGUGCAGUCACUGCCAGAGAAGGAAGCGGAGUUUCCGGCUAUUUGCAACUGAGUGUGAGGACUGCUGACACCGCGAAACCCCGUGAAAAAAGCCGCCGGCUCGGGGGCUAGAAGUUUAGCAUCGGUAGCGGUCGUUUUUCCCUCCAUACCAGUUUAAGCUGUUCAAUUACGGGCCACGGGUUCGAACAGCGAGCGGAGAGGAAGAGCGAGGACUAGGCAUCAGGCGGGGGUGACCCACCGACUACCGGCAUGGCCAGGGACUACGACUACCUCUUCAAGCUGCUCAUCAUCGGGGACAGUGGAGUGGGAAAGAGCAGUCUCCUCCUGCGAUUUGCAGACAACACUUUUUCAGGGAGCUACAUCACCACGAUCGGCGUGGACUUCAAGAUCCGGACGGUGGAGAUCAAUGGCGAGAAGGUGAAGCUACAGAUCUGGGACACGGCCGGGCAGGAGCGCUUCCGCACAAUCACCUCCACAUACUACAGGGGGACCCACGGGGUCAUCGUGGUGUACGACGUCACCAGCGCAGAGUCUUUCGUCAACGUCAAGCGAUGGCUCCAUGAAAUCAACCAGAACUGUGACGACGUGUGCCGAAUAUUAGUCGGGAACAAAAACGACGACCCCAACUCGAAGGUGGUGGAGACGACCGACGCCCAGAAGUUUGCGGAGCAGAUGGGCAUCAACCUGUUUGAGACGAGCGCCAAAGAGAACAUCAACGUCGAAGAGAUGUUCAACUGCAUCACAGAGCUGGUGCUGAGGGCCAAGAAGGACGUGAUGGCCAAGCAGCAGCAGCAGCAACAGAACGACGUGGUCCGGCUCGGCAAGAGCAGUAAACGAAAGAAAAAGUGCUGCUAGCGAAGCCCAGUGGGAAAACGGCCAGCAGCUUCUCUUCUGCAAAGAACACACAUCAACACACACACACACACACACACACACACACACACACACACACACACACACACACACACACACACGCACAUUCACACACACAUUCUCACACACACACACACACACAUUCUCACACACAUUCUCACACACACACACACACAUUCUCACACACACAUCAACACACAUUCUCACACACACAUAUAAACACACACACUCAACGGGACUCCAAGUAUCUUAAAAUAUUCAGUAAAUAUACACAUUUAAGGAAAGUAAAUAAACGGAAAAUGUCCCCUUUGGACAUGCCAAUCAUGAAGACUUACGGAAAAGGAAAAUGAAAAAAAUAAAUGUACAGAUUUUAUGAAAAAGUCAGAUCAUGUUUUACUGGAGCUCCGCAGCGUCACACUGAGAUCCUCCUUUUCACUUCAUGUUUUUAAUUGCCCCUCUUAACGGGACGUGAGCACGCAGCGGUCCCCACCCCCAUGGCCCCCACCCCCACGGCCCCUCCAGUCACCAGACGUGCAGCUGGCGCUCUAGCAGAAGAUAAGGGGAUCUCGGGGGGGGGUCUCCUUCAGUGUGGAGGGUUUUCAGAGGUCGGGGGGGCCAGGUGAAGGCGGAGGGCUUUGGAUCCUCACCUCUUUAACCGAGGGAUGCUUAGAGAGUAUUUCAAUGGACACAACUGGUGCCAGGAAUUAUUUGUUCUGUUUGUGAUUUUUUUUGUCUUGUCUAUGAUUUGCCAACCACCCCCCCCCCCCCCCCCUCCCCUGCUCUUUACCCUCUUACUUCCAGUUGUGCUGAGCCAACAAGUUUAUCCUUUAUACCUUAGCCUCCCCCUCCAUCAAUUGUUGUUUUUUUUUAUUAUAAAAAAAAUUAUACUGCCAAAAUUAUCUAAAUGAAAAGAAUGCUUUUAUGAAUUCAAGUGUCAGACUGUAGCCUCAGCCUCCUCCUCUCCUCUCCCAUCCCGCUACCUGCUCACUCUACACGCCACAUAUCAGCACUGGGCAUGGCAGCAGAGCAUUCACCUCCUGUUUUGGACCACUAGAGGGAGACACACACACAAACACACACACACACACACACAAGGCUCUUUACUCGAUGAGAGCUGGAGACCAGAGGAGCAGUCCACAGGGUUUUUUCAGGGCCCAGUAAGACCAGGACUCCCCCUACACCAGUCAUUACCUUGGCAUGUGCCACUUUUACUUUGAAAGAGUCUGCUUGCGGUAAAUGUGUCCCACGGUGUGUUUUAGUAAUCACAACGGUCAACGACGUGGCUUUAGCUCCUCGUCGCCUUGUUAAACGGAUGGUGACAUGUCAUUGUGUAUGGUUUGAUUAAGAGACUAUUAAAAUUCUCUUGUCACUCA